CCAUCCCAAAACAAGAUCAGAUAGCAAGAACAGCCACCUCGCUGGCAGCGCAGCACCACGAUGUCCCCGACGACCUCCGCCACGGCCACCGCCUUCCUCUCCACGGCGCCGGCCUCUUCAUCCUCCACCUACCGCCGGCGUAGCCGUCUCCCCGCCAUCUCCGCCUCCCUCCCGUCCUCCUUGUCCGAAGAGCCGCUGCUGAUACGCGCGGCGAGGGGCGAGGAUGGGCUGCCGCGGCCGCCGGCGUGGAUGAUGCGCCAGGCGGGGCGGUACAUGGCAUCUUACCAGGCGCUGUCCAAGCGCCACCCGUCGUUCCGGGAGCGGUCCGAGAACACCGACCUCAUCGUUGAAAUCACACUGCAGCCCUGGCACGCCUUCGCACCAGACGGCGUCAUCCUUUUCUCGGACAUACUCACGCCGCUGCCGGCAAUUGGGGUGCCAUUCGAUAUAUCGGAAUCCAAGGGACCGGUGAUCCAGUCGCCCGUGCGGACGGAGGAGCAGGUUAGGGAGCUUGUCCCCAUAGAUCUCGAUAAGCUCCAGUUCGUCGGGGAGUCGCUCAAGAUUCUGCGCAGCGAGAUUGAUGGAAAAGCUGCUUUGCUAGGAUUCGUGGGGGCCCCAUGGACAAUUGCAACAUAUGUUGUUGAAGGGGGGAUGACCAACACUUAUACAAAUAUAAAGCGCAUGUGCCACACUGCACCAAAUGUCUUGAGGGGCCUUCUCUCUCACCUUGCAGAAGCAAUAUCUGACUAUAUUAUCUACCAAGUAAACUCUGGUGCUCAAUGUAUACAGAUAUUUGAUUCAUGGGGUGGGCAACUUCCACCUCAUGUGUGGGAGCAAUGGUCAAAACCAUAUAUCAAACAGAUUGUAAAUAAGAUCAAGACAAAAUGCCCGCAUGUACCACUUGUGCUGUAUAUAAAUGGAAAUGGGGGGUUGCUCGAGCGCAUGAAGGACAUAGGGGUUGAUGUUAUUGGGCUUGACUGGACAGUGGACAUGGCAGAUGGGAGGAGGCGCGUUGGUGAUGGAAUUAGUGUUCAAGGGAAUGUGGACCCAGCAUAUCUAUUUUCCCCAUUACCAGUGUUGACUGAUGAAAUUCAUAGGGUUGUGAAAUCAGCUGGUCCGAAAGGUCAUAUACUUAAUUUGGGCCAUGGUGUUCUUGUAAAAACACCAGAAGAAGCUGUAGCGCAUUUCUUUGAUGUCACGAGGAGCUUGAGAUAUGACACCAUUUUCCAGGGUCAUGUCACUGAAGAAUUGCAGCAUGUUUGAUGAUGGUCAAUAGCAUUGCCACCUUUUGUAUCAUCUUAACGUCUGCAACUCAGUACCUUCUACAUUUUAGCUUUUGCUUGAGCUGUUCCUUAUAGAGAUACCACGACCAAAUCAAUGCAGUCUUGUUCAUUAUGUAUCUGCAUAUUUCGUUCAUUCAUCUACUCAGUAAAGAAAAAGGAGGCCACAUGCUUUCAGAAGGAAGCUGGAGUGGAUUCGAGUGGUUGUUCAA